AUGGUUGAAAGUCAAACCUUCAUUUCGAAUUGGGCGCCGAAAGAAAAACAAGCGGCGAGCGGCGAGCAGCGAGUUAAAGUGAAAACAAAAGUCGAAGGAAGAUUCGUCGAUGACCUCGAACUUGAUGAAAACUUUGCCAUGCAAUUAAACAAACAACUUUCGAUGUGUUAUCUAUCGAAAGCAAAGGAAAAGAAGAAUCAAAGCAUAGCAGAAACAUUAUUCUCAUUAGUGAUGUUCCAAUAA